CGUCCCUGAGAGGCAAUAGUAUUGAAACAGAAUGAAGCUGUACAUAGCUCUUGCAUUGAUUGGCAUUUGCGCUUUUGCGCUUGCGGAAGAAGUAGAACAGGAUAGUACCAGCGAAUUAACUGAUCUUGAAGAUCCUACUUACUACAGAAGAUGUGGACCAUACAGACGCUAUAGCUCUACAACCCACUAUUGCUACCGAAACAAACUUUAUAGUAGAAAAUACUAUAGAUAUUGCGGAAAAAACAUCUACAACAUCAGAAGUCACUUCUGCUUCCGAAGACGCGUCUAUGCAAAGAGGUAUUACCGUAUCUGUGGUUACCGUGUUUGUAACAGACGUACUCAGUUUUGCUGGAAGAAAAGAUGCUACUCAAAAAGAUGGUACCGCAUAUGUGGAUAUAAAGUAUGCAACAAACAUACUCAAUUCUGUUGGAGACGUCGAUGCUACUCGAAGAGAUGGUACAAAAUCUGUGGUUAUGCUGUUUGCAACAAGCACACGCAAUUUUGUUGGAGACGUAGAUGCUACUUGAAAAAAUGGUACAGAAUCUGUGGAUAUGGUGUUUGUCACAAGCGAACACAUUAUUGUCACCGACGUCGAUGUUACAGCAAAAAAUUGUACGGCUACUGCGGAAAAUCUAUCUACCGAAAAAGUAGCUACCGAUGUCAGUACAACAAACUUCGAGCAUACACACCAUACUAAAUGAAGUAUUGUAAAUCAUAUCAUAGGUGUCGAUCAUUGUUGUUGGUCAAAUAUAUACAAAAGGAGCAUUUAAUAAUUAUUUAUUUCUGCACUCAAUAUCUAUAUUUCUCCCCUCUAAAUUCUAACUUCUUUGUUUACUAAAAGAUGUGAAAAUGCAAUGAAGACAACAUCCACAUAUUUUUUAAACAUAACAUUGCAAACAACAACGUUAUAAGCAACUGUACUAAAAUCUGCGGAUUUCUAAGGAACUUUUUAAGUAACGGUUGUGCAGGGCCCUAUAAACCCCGCCCUGAAUAGGGUUAAUUAUUUUUACAAAAGGAUACUUCAGGUAGGUUUAAAUUGCUGCUUUCUUCGUGCAUCAUCUCCAAUAAAGUACGUGUUUGUCAUUUACCUUUUGAGGUAUGUGUGGACUGUUGUUAUAAGUGUUAAAAUGCGGUAGUUUUGUUGUUCGCCUUUUA